CUCGACGAGCUCAUCGCGGCGACCGACGGCUUUGCCGAGGCGCGCAAGGUGGGCGAGGGAGGAUUCGGGCGCGUCUACCGCUGCGACGCGCUGCCGUCGCUUCCGCACGUCGCUUGCGGGUUCGCCGUCAAGACGGCGCUGGUCGGUGUCGGCGCCCAAGGCCUCGCCGAGCUGCAGAGCGAGGUGCGCACGCUCAGCGCGGCGUGUCACCGGUCCCUCCUCCCUCUGCUCGGCGUCUGCUUGGCUCCGGCGAGAGCGAGCGCGUGCCUCGUCUACCCCCUCUGCCGCGGCGGCAGCCUCGAGGACCGCCUCUACCGCGCUCCAGCCGCGCUGCAGCGGCUCCGCAUGCUCGGCUUCGAGACGCCGCCUCCGCCGCUCUCUUCUGCCGCACGGCUCCGCGUGCUGCGCGACGCCGCGAGCGCGUUGCACUACCUGCACACGCUCUCUCCGAUGAUCCUGCACCGCGACGUCUCCGCGGGCAACAUCCUGCUCGACGAGCGCGGCAACGGCUACCUCGCCGACGUGGGCCUCGCGCGCGCGGCAGAGGCGACGGCCGGCAGCAGCCAGCAGGUGUCGCACCUGUCGACGCAGCGUAUCUUUGGUAAGCCAGGCUACAUGGACCCGAUCAUCUCGCUGGAUGGCCAGGCUUCUCAGUUGACUGACGGUUUUGCGCUCGGCAUCACGCUGCUCGUCGCCCUGACCGGCCGCGGCGCUCUU